CUGCUCUUUAAUUUAUUACCUUAAAAUCUACCCUCCAAACGACCUCGUAUUUACAAUUCGCCCAUACAGUGCCCCUCUUUAGUCUAUAUAUCUGUCUUGCUUUUCUCUAGGUUUGCCGAAUUUGCGUUCCAUACGCCGCCUUUCAUAACAAGGUUAAAAAAAAUAAAAGGGGGAAACGACUCGUCGCUAGCGCAAUAUGGCGACAUCAAGAAACAAAUCGAAUGGUCAUUCUGUUUGCACGUGCCGCAUGCCACCACCGUUGAUGUCGACCCCAUCGGCAUCUUCGUCGUCGUCGUCGUCGUCGUCGUCGUCUUUCGCAUCAUCCACUGCCGCUAGUUUCACUUCUCGAUGCUCCUCCUCCUCUUCCACCUCCGCCACUUUAUUCGCACGCGCCACCUCUCCCACACGUGUUAACAUGUACAGUCAUCACCAUCGACAGAACAACCAUCAGGCUUCGUCGUCCUUGCGUUUCUCAAUCCAUCGUCCAAUCUCUCCCAGCCGUUCCAUUUCUUUGAGAAGGCACCCCUCCAAUGCCAAUGCUGUCUCCAAUCAGAAGAGAACGUGCGCGUGUUCCCCUACGACACAUCCUGGCUCUUUCCGGUGCGCCUUCCACAAGGCAUUGAUGAGAAACAAUGGAUUUAAUCAUCACAGCAGCAGCGCACACUCAGUUUCGGUGUCGUAUCACUCUAGUAGUAGAUUGAACUUCAGGAGAUCGGCGAUGACGAAUUCGCUUGUGAGGAUUGGAGGUGUGGAGGGAGAGCUAGUGAAGAGAGCAUUGUCAGCUCUGAUUCAUCCUUCUUCGCAUCAUCUUCGACGCCGCGGUGCUUUCGAGAUGAGACCCAGCCGGCUGUCCGUCAUGUCUAAAGCCGAACAUUUAGCUGAUGCAAUUUUUGUCAAAGGUCAGAGUUUUGCUGAUGGAAAUAUUAAAUGUAAUUAAAUUUUUGAAUGCGUCUAUUUAUUGGAAUAUUAUUUUUUCUUUUC